AUGCGGCUCCCGCUCGAGCUGCUGCUCCUCUGCGCGGGCGCCCUGUCCGCGCCGCUCGCCCCGCGCGCCGCCUCGUUCGCGCACCUCGCGGGCCUGACGACCAACACGCGCGACCUGUCGACGACCGACUCGCGCUCCCCGCAGAAAUACUUCCACGAAUCCAUCCUGCACCCGCACUAUGACGGCCGCUUCGCCACCACCGUGCUGCCGCGCGACACGCGCCUGCUGCACAUGCGCCUGCUGCUGCGCUCGUACACGCUCGCCAUGGCCCGCGCGCGUGUGUCUACCUGGCUCAUGCACGGCAGCCUGCUGGGCUGGUGGUGGAACGGCGGCGUGUUUCCGUGGGACAGCGAUCUGGACUUUAGCGUCGAGGAGCGCGGGAUGAGGGAGUUGGGGCUGUGGUGGAACAUGACGGUGCACGCGUUCAGUGCGGCCGAGCUGGGCGUCGAUUCGGGGCUUGCAGAUGGGUCCGGCUUCCGGGGGGGUGCUGAGAGCACGGGCGAGAGGCGGGGCGGCGCGGGCGGCAUGGACUGGCGGGGCAGAGCGGGCGGCAUGGACUGGAUGCGUGAGCCCGCGGGGCUUCAGGCGGGGACGUGGGCAAAGGUGGUGGCCGAGGGGAAGCGGUAUCUUCUCGAGGUGAACCCGCACUUCACCGACACAUCAACGCGCGACAAGCACAACCGCAUCGACGCACGCUGGAUCGACACAUCAACAGGCCUCUUCAUCGACAUCACAACCGUACACCCCGUUCCGUCACCGCUGCCCGACGCCGCGCGCCGCUCCCACAAAUUCGUCCUCAAAGAGCCCGCCGCCCACACCACCCACCAGGACCAGACGCACAUGUACACCAAGGACACGCACCUGUACGCCACGGCGUCGCUGUUCCCCCUGCGCGAGUCCAGCUUCGAAGGCACGCCCAUAUCCGUGCCGUACGCGUACGAGCAGCUGCUGCUGGAAGAGUACGGGCCGCGCGCGCUGACGGAGACGUGGUUCGACGGCUACCGCUUCGACGCGGCGACGAAGGCGUGG